GUCCGGUCUCCCACCAUGCCGAAUAUGCCAUUGUAUACAUCAGAGCCACAACAACCCAACCUUAAACUGCAACUAGACGGUGUCACCGAGGACUUCAUCGACGAAGAUCCCUACGCCACCUCCCCGGAAUCUCCACACCCAAACAAACCCAAAUCUCCCGCUGCCGGAAAGUUCACAUCCUUCUUCGGCUGGAAUUCCUCGAAACCUCAGAACGGAGCAGAGUCUCCAACAACAACGUUUUCCGAGAAGUCAUUGUCCCCAGCAGCAUCGCCACGCUAUCCAAAACAGCCCGGCAUGCCUACCAAGACAAAGCCCGCAGGGCUCGACAUUCCUAUUGCCAAUUCCUUCUCACAACCAUCGUAUUUCAACGUCCCAGGAACGCCAUUGCUGUCAUCAUCACCCCAGAUGAACGCCCACGUAGAAGAAUUAGAGCGGGAACUCCGCGAGGUGAGUUCGGAGCUCGCUGCGUCGAUACGAAGAGAAAUGGAACUAGAAGAUGAAGUCGAGCGAUGGAAAGCGGAAAAUUCAACUGUCAUGUCCGAUAAUAACCGGAGAACCAGUGACUACUACUCUGACUCUGGCGCCAGCUCCGUGAGAUACCCUAUCGGGGAUAGCGAGAGCAAACUAGAAGAGGUGGAAACGCUGCGCAGGAAAGCAGAACAGGAGCGUGCCCAGUUGAAGGUGCGUAUGGCGGAACGCCUUCAGGAGGAGCUUCGACGAAGAAGAGAUCUCGAAGAGCAGGUGCAACAGCUUGAAGACCAAGUCCAUGGACAGCCGAAGAGGAUCCCACAGGAAAGCGCAGGGCGUGUCCAAGAGCUUGAGAGUUCGUUAGAAGAUGCGAAGAGAAGGCUAGCGGAAGAGCGACAGGUGAAGGAAAACUUUGAAGACCUAUUAACUGCACUCCGUGAGGAACUCGAAAAACAUCGCAACGAAAGAGACAAUCUCCGCGACGAGGUUGUGCCGCAGCUCAGGUCCCGACUAGAAGGCCUGGAGACGGAGGCGACUGAGACGCAAACCCUCAUCUACGAAUCCACGCGCAUGCAGCAAGAGAUCCAGACACUCCGUGCUGAGAACCAAACACUCCUCAAUGCUCGGAGAAUGCAACUGGAAAUGUCUCAGCAGACACGAUUUCAGUCCAUCGCCGAAGAGGACGCUCCACCGGUAUCGAAGCCACGUGUUGGGCUGUCAAGAUCGAAUUCUCUAGCUCGAAGCUCAGGCUUCAACGCCAAGCGAGGCUCGUUGUCUCGUUCAAACUCUGUCAAAGACCGGUCAGGGGCAGAAUCUCCGCGCGAAGGGCCAAUGAGUGGUAACCCUGUCAAAGAGUUGGAAGAGCAGCGAGAUGCUCUACAUCGUGCAUUGAAAGCCUUGUUGCAGCGACAAGAAUUGCAACAAAAGGAGUUCCAGAAGCGCAUUAAAGAACUUGAAAUUGAGCGGGACGACGCCCUUAACCUUACCCCUCGUCGAACUACCUUCCACAACGAGGUUUCCCACCUAAGAGAGGAGAUUAACUCACUGCGACGGCGUGCUGAUGAUGCCCUUGAACAGAAAUGGCAAUGCGAAAAGGGGCUGGGAGGCUUACGAAUGGAUUUAGACCGCGCCCAGCAGGAGACGACUUCUCUCCGUGUAUUGCUACAGGAGCACGACAUUGCCAUACCAGAAAUUAGGGUCGAAAACGAGCCCAUCUCCCUGGACAAGGCCUACAAUGAACUGCGCACGACUCAUGCUCUCUCCAUCGCUCGCAUCAAGCAGAUAGAAUCGAACGAAUCCCUUGGUGGUGCUGGAGUCGAGGCACAAAGGACGUUGGAGCUCCUCAAGCAGAGCAUCUCCGAUGCGGAGGCCGAACGAGAUGCGGCUCAAAAUGAAGCCGAACAGUAUCGCCAGCAAGCCCGAGCUCUUCAGCAGUCCGAAAUUGGACAUCUUGGUAAAGAGCAGAGUCUAACAACUGAACUUCUUGCUUCGGCGACCCGCAUGGAUGAGCUCUCCAACAGGAUUCAGCAACAGUUGCUGUCUAACAGAUCCCUUCGCAACCGCCUCGCCGACGCCAUUUCUCGAGGCGAGCAAGAGCAGGAGAAGUCGGCAGGAAAGAUCAUCGAGCUAGAGCGUCGGCUGAAGGCAGCGGAGGACAAGGUGAUGAUUGCUCAACAGUCUUCUGAAGAAGCCAUUUCGAGGCAUGAAGAGGAAGUCCAGACACUAAAGGAGAGUCAUAACACCCACCUACGCAGGGUCAAGUCCGGCUUGCUCAGCCCCGCAGUCUUCUCACCUAAGAUGCCUUCGUCCCCAGUCUUUGCUCAACGGUCGCCGCGCCUUGGCCAGACAAGUAGCGGCCCUGGCAUGUCUAUGGCCGAAGCAACAAAGACAGAACUGCUUGAGAAGCGGGUCUCGGAACUCGAGAAGGCUCUUGCCGAUGCCGACCGAGAGAUGGAAGAGGUGGUCGGCCGGAUGAACGAGGCCCAGAUCGAGGUUGCCAACCUGCAAUAUGAGAGGGACGAGGCGAUGAGGCAGACAAGGAAGCUACAGGCUGACAUCCUUGCUGAGCGCGAAAAAGUCAAAGCGCUGAUGGCAUCGAGCUAAUAUUUAACGACGGAAGACGAAAAUCACCUCGAGUCGGCUUUAUUUCAUUCUCAACUACCUAAUGGACCCCUUUACUGUUAAUCGGACAGGAUAAAGUAUCUAACCUUUUAUGGCGCGCGAUUUGGCGCGCGAUUUGGCGCACGAUUUGGCGUCUUGGUGGAGGUAGCAUUUACACGGGAGCCCUUUUCACAUGACUUUUACAAUCGUUGAACCCUCGCCAACCUCAGAGAGUACCGGGCAAACACGGCAUCUGCUCUCUUGGCUGUUUCAAUUUUCCUUUUUUAACUCGUCCUCUGACGCUUUUGUCAAGACUAUUUGCAUUGGGGCCAGAUUUGGUCACCUGUCACAGAAGUUAUAUACCCUCCCCUGAAGAGGCGUUCCAAGCCGUGGCGGACUCAUUGAGACUUUAGGAUGCUUUAUCCCUCGUUCAUUUCUUGUCAAUUCUUGUACAACACCUUUGUUCAGC